CUCUAAGCCUAUAUAAACCCCCCUUGGUUCCUAAGUUUAUCAUCAAAUCAGAAGUAAGUUAAUUAGCAGCAAACAGGCAAUUAAGACAUAUUCAAUGUCGAUGAUGAAGAGCCAAGCAGCUUCCCUCCUCGGCCUCACCUUGGCCAUCCUCUUUUUCUCAGGUGCACAUGCAGCGAAAAUCACUUUCACAAACAACUGCCCCAACACUGUCUGGCCAGGAACCUUAACCGGUGACCAAAAACCGCAGUUAUCACUCACCGGCUUCGAACUAGCAUCCAAAGCUAGCCAAUCAGUGGACGCUCCAUCUCCAUGGUCUGGUCGCUUCUGGGGCCGAACCAGAUGCUCCACGGACGCCGCUGGAAAAUUCACUUGUGAAACUGCAGACUGUGGCUCUGGCCAGGUCGCAUGCAACGGGGCAGGCGCAGUUCCACCAGCAACUUUAGUUGAAAUCACAAUUGCAGCAAACGGGGGUCAAGAUUAUUAUGAUGUUAGCCUUGUUGACGGCUUCAACUUGCCUAUGUAUGUCGCCCCACAAGGUGGCACGGGCGAGUGCAAGCCCUCAUCGUGCCCUGCCAAUGUUAACAUGGCGUGCCCGGCUCAACUUCAAGUGAAAGCGGCUGAUGGGAGUGUCAUCAGUUGCAAAAGCGCUUGCCUUGCGUUUGGUGAUUCGAAGUACUGCUGCACCCCGCCGAAUGAUACGCCGGAGACAUGUCCUCCCACAGAGUACUCUGAGAUCUUUGAGAAGCAGUGCCCUCAAGCUUAUAGCUACGCUUAUGAUGAUAAAAACAGCACAUUUACCUGCAGUGGUGGACCUGACUACGUCAUUACUUUCUGCCCAUAAGCACGAAAUGGGAUUAUAUAUGCAGAUGAUGAUAUCUGUUUCUUUAUGUAACAAUAAUGAAGAAGAAUAAAUUCCGCGGAGCUUGACACAUUGCUGUUGUCAAGAAUUUGUAAUACUAAUUACACGAUCAAAUAAAGGAACAAAUAUUAUUUUUAGAAUUUUA